CAGAGAACGGGAGAAAGCAGAAAGGGAAGAGAGAGAGAGAGUGCGGCCCCGGCUGCCUGUGGUGGCGUAUGAGCUGUGCCUCUUCUCAGCCUCGUCUCACUCUCUGUCCCUUUCUCCGCUCCUUCCUUCUCCCUCGCCCUCUCCCUCGUAUAAAUGGCGAACUCCCCACUCCUUCCCGCUGCCUCUGCGUUCUUAAAGGCGCUUCUCCUCUCUCUCCUUCCACCUCCUCCUUCCUCCUGAGGUUGUCAGCUCCGCGUCUUCCCUCUUCUUCUUCCUUCUCGGUGUUUUCCAAAGUUGGGUCCGUUAGGGAGAUCCACGGUCCGGGUCUGCAAGAGAUGGAGAAGAACAUUCUGGUGACCGGCGGAGCGGGUUACAUCGGUAGCCAUACCGUGCUUCAGCUCCUCCUUGGAGGAUACAGAGUCGUUGUCGUCGAUAAUCUCGAUAAUUCUUCGGAAACCGCCGUCACUAGAGUGGCCGAACUGGCGGGGAAGUUCGGCGGGAAUCUCGCGUUUCAUAAGAUAGAUCUACGGGACAAAGAAGCGUUAAAAAAAGUGUUUUCUUCUUCAAGCUUUGAUGCUGUCAUUCAUUUUGCCGGAUUGAAAGCUGUUGGUGAAAGUGUGCAGAAGCCAUUGAUGUACUACAACAACAACUUAAUCGGCACAAUAACCCUUCUGGAAGUCAUGGCGGCACAUGGUUGUAAAAAGCUUGUGUUUUCAUCAUCAGCUACUGUUUAUGGAUGGCCAAAAGAAGUACCUUGUACUGAAGAAUCUCCAUUAUGUGCAAUGAACCCUUAUGGUCGAACUAAGCUUGUUAUUGAAGAAAUAUGUCGAGACAUCUACCGUGCAGAUCCUGAGUGGAAGUUUAUGUUGCUUCGGUACUUUAAUCCAGUGGGUGCUCAUCCCAGUGGCUACAUUGGUGAAGAUCCUAGUGGCAUCCCAAACAAUCUAAUGCCUUUGAUACAACAAGUUGCUGUUGGCAGGAGAGAAGCACUAACUGUCUUUGGAAAUGAUUAUUCUACAAAAGAUGGCACUGGGGUCAGAGACUAUAUUCAUGUCAUUGACUUGGCAGAUGGACAUAUUGCUGCACUGCAGAAGCUUUUCGAUGGCUCUGAUGUUGCCUGUGAAGCAUAUAACUUAGGGACCGGAAAGGGCACCUCAGUUCUGGAAAUGGUGGCUGCUUUUGAGAAAGCCUCUGGAAAGAAAAUACCUCUUCUUAUGGCUGGAAGGAGACCUGGUGAUGCUGAAAUAGUUUACGCAUCAACAGAGAAGGCCGAACGCGAGCUGAAUUGGAAGGCAAAGUUCGGCAUCGACGAGAUGUGCCGAGAUCAGUGGCAGUGGGCGAGCCAGAACCCUUGGGGCUACGGAUCUCCUGACACCACCAACUAAACAAAAUCAGACCCGCCUUCCUCAUCCUCUAACACUGAUUUUCCAUGUAUAUGCCAGCAUUCCACAGAAAGCUGCUACAACCCGAUGGUUUUAUCAUGGAAGGGUUACCAGCAAGCACCAAACCCAAAAAAUCGUCCGUUCUUUGAGGCUGCUCUAUUGUGAUAAUGGCCCCAGUUGUCUUUAAUUUUGACUCUCAAUUAUGUUUUAACGUAAAAAAUAAAGACAAUUCCUGCUGCUACUCAAA